CGCUGCUGCGACCUCCAAGUGUUUUUCUCCUUGAGCGCGUCUGCUCGAUCGUGCGGGCAGUGUCACCAGGAGCUGCUACGGCACCGUACCGCAGGGCAGAACUGAAUUGCAGGCGCGAAGGAAGGGCGUUAAAAUCUACGCUUCCUGACGCCAGUGACCGAAGUUGACCUCGCCAGAGAGAUGGAGAAGAAGAUGACUUCGUCGCGAUACCGGAGUCGCAGCUCACGCCGCCACGCGCAGUCCAUGAUGCAUUGGAGCUGGCUGCACGCCACGGCCUACUCAUCGGUCAUCGUGGCGUCCGUAGCUUACAUGCACAGCCAACUCACGCUCUAUUUCAAGAGUAUCGACGCGCAACACGUGAAUGACGAACUUCUCUAUAGCCUGGCUACGGUCGCUACCAUCGGAAGCGAUCAGCUCGAUGGACUGCAUCUCCUGUUGUCAGAUAUGGCCUCCAGACUGCGUUGGAUGCUGGUGAUACUAUCGCUCGCUGUUUGGAUCAGUACACUCGUGGUUUCGCGCCGCUAUCACCUGCAUUCACCACUGCGCCGCGUCACCAAGCGUCUCGGUAUCUACAUGGAAAGAGUGCGCGAUUGGCGACGCAAACACACUAAGUCCCGGCCUACUUCACUCCACGACAAGCACCACCACCACCACCACCACCGAUCAAAGAACCGCACCGAGAGCGAUUUAGAAAUUGACGAAAACGACCUGCUGAUCGUAUCGUCGUUGUCUCCGGAGCCACGACUCCUUUCCAGCAUGGAGAGGCAAUCCCGCAGUGCCGCCAUUGGCAGUAGCAACGGAGAUGGCCACAUUCGCCGCAUGACUGAGGACAAAGGCGAAGGCAAGAUCGCUCGCUCCAAUAGUAAAGGUGACCUGGGCGGCAAAAUCGUGCUUCAUCCGCGAGAAGGCGCCCGGGGUGGACGACACGAGAGCAACCAGAUCAUCUCGGACGAUCCGUACGUGAGCCGGAUCCACUUCCAGAUCCAGUAUGACCCUAUGGAGAAGGAGUACUAUCUCCAGGACCUCGGCAGCACGACAGGAACAUUCGUAUUCCUCAAGCCGGACGCACCAAAGCGUCUGCAUGUGGACGACCGCGUGAAGUUGGGUGACACGGAAUUUGAAGUGUCGGCGAUCGAUGAAAACAUCACGACGGGCAUGCCGUUCUUGCGCAUCCGCUUCACCGAUGGUCCUCUUACUGGAAUCUGUCAGACCAUUGGCAAGACUUCCGUGACACUGGGUCGGCACUCGAGCAACGCGCUGUGCAUCACGGAGGACGACUCGAUCUCGGGCAGACAUAGCGUCAUCUCGUACUUUGGCAACGGCUUUUACAUCACGGACCUCCACAGUACGAAUGGCACAGCGAUGCGCCUCAGCGCCAGUGGCAAGAAGAGUCGUCGACGCUACCUUUUGCACGGCGACGUGUUCGGCGUGGGGUCCAACCGAUUCAUGGUGGAGUACUCGCACCAAUUAGCAGCGCAGCGUCGACUCGCCAAGCUCAUGCGGAAGGCUCGGGAGGAGGAUGAAGAUGACGCUGCUUCGGCUGCCGCAGACGCAUAGUUGUUAAGUAAAGGCAAUUUCCUAUUUAACGAUUAUUUACACGUGAGGUUGGACAAGUGAGCGUUGGCAUUGAGUUCGUUCAUCUGCACAAGUUCAUCUGAGUAAACCUCUAUAAUAUAGUUUAAGAA